AUGUUUUCACUCCGGUGCUCAGAAAUGUUGGUUCUGAUAAUCUUCCUCUGGAGCUUCCACACAGAAUCUAAACCACUGAGAAAGAGGACCAUCAGUGAGGUGCAGCUUAUGCACAACGUUCGGGAACACAAACAAGUGGGAGAAAGGCAGGAGUGGCUCCAGGAAAAGCUAAAGGGAAUAAUCGUGGCUGGCUCGAAACCACAACACAGACAAGCAAGAACUAUAAAAAAUCUUCUCCAAUAUGAUAUUUUUGGAUCGAAAAUCUAG